AUGCGUAUCGCUGGAGUGAAGCACCGCAGGAGGGCAGUCCGCGGACCCUACCGUAUGCCUCGUCAGCGGACAGCUCGUCAGCGCACGAGCCAACGCAUCGGGACCUCCUUGUACGACUCGCUGGGCGUAGCGAGGGGUGCUUCGUCAGAGGAGAUCCAGAGGGCGUACCGGCACCAGAUGAGCAUCCUCCACCCCCGCAGGCACCAUCACGACCCGCAGGCCGUGGAGAGGUACCACCAGGCGAGGCGCGCCUACAGCGUCCUAGGACAUCCCGACCGCAGGAGGAUCUACGACCGCUACGGCAACCUGGGAGUCCAGAUAGCAGAGACCGCCGGGGAAAGGUGGGUGCCAACUUAG